UGAUAUUCCAUUCUACGUCUACCCUCUCCUAUCUCACCACAGAGACAGACAGCCCUAUCCAACAUGUCUCACUGAUGAUACAUGGCUGGGGAUGUCGCGCCACCCACUUCCUUCCACUAAUGCACGCUCUUUGUUCAAGGGGAUAUGAUUCAAAGCAUGGCUGGCUGCACAUCGCCGUCGACCUCCCAGGACACGGUGACUCUCCGUCUUCGAUACUCCCGGAGCCAGAGAAGGGCGGCACCUCUGAACUAGUCGUUGCCUUGUACCAAGAGAUCAUCUCGAAGAUAGAACACCAGGGAGAGCUUUCCACCGUCGUCUAUGGCCACAGCAUGGGCACGCGGUUUGCCUUUGAGAUCGCGGAGAAGUUGCAGAUGAGCAAAAUGAAUACAUCCCAUAUCAUUCUGAUUGAUGGUUCAUGGCUGGGUGCCACACCACCCGUGCUGGACAUGGCUUCUCUUGCCUCUCACGCAAGGGCGUACCGUGACACCAUCCAGGAUCGCCUUGGCAUGUACUUUGGACCGCGCACGUCGAAGGAAUUUGAAAGCAAAGUACGAGCGGAAUUCAACGAGCUGGACUACGUCUAUGCCCUGCGUAUGGGCCAUUACUAUGGCGUCUUUGAUACACUGCUUCCGGCUCUUCUCGACAACAUCAAAGUCAAGGUGCUCGCCAUUGUCAGUCAGGAGAACGAGGCUGGUGUACGCCGGAGUGUCAAACAGGGCGAGGUAACAGCUUACAUGGCGUUUUUGCGGGCGCAUUUGAGCGAGCUCACCGAGCAUAUUGUUGAGGGAACAGGGCAUUAUCCACAUGUUGAUGAUAUUGAUGAGGUGACAGAUGUGGUGGUGAAAUUCUUGGAUGAGAGAAAUACAUCUAUGCUUGAGGUCUAACUGACUGAUAGUAUUUUUUUUGUCCAGCCCACUCUAGGGAUGAUGUUUAGGGAUAUAAGUUAGAAUAUUCCUGCAUAUAGAGAAGAUUAGUAGGAAUAUAAAAUGCUCAUUGCAC